AUGUCUAUUGAAAUCGAGUCUGCCGAUGUGAUCCGGCUAAUUCAGCAAUAUUUGAAGGAAUCUAACCUUACUAAAACACUUCAGACUCUGCAGGAGGAGACUGGAGUGUCUCUGAACACGGUGGACAGUGUGGACGGAUUCUGCGCCGACAUCAACAAUGGCCAUUGGGACACGGUGCUGAAGGCCACGGCAUCGCUGAAGCUGCCCGACAAGAAGCUGAUGGAGCUGUACGAGCAGGUCGUGCUGGAGCUCAUCGAGCUGCGCGAGCUGGGCGCCGCGCGCUCCCUGCUGCGCCAGACGCAUCCCUGUCUGCUCAUGAAGCAGCAGGAGACCGACCGCUACAUCCACCUCGAGAACUUGCUGGCGCGCUCCUACUUCGACCCGCGCGAGGCCUACGGCAGCGGCGGCGGCAAGGAACGGCGCCGCGCCGCCAUCGCGGCCGCGCUGGCCGGCGAGGUGUCCGUCGUGCCCAGUUCGCGUCUGCUGGCGCUGCUCGGCCAGGCGCUCAAGUGGCAACAGCACCAGGGCCUACUGCCGCCAGGCACUACCAUCGAUCUGUUCCGCGGCAAGGCGGCCAUCCGAGACGAGGAGGACGACCAGUGCCCCACGCAGCUCUCCAAGAUCAUCAAGUUCGGCCAGAAGUCGCACGUAGAGUGCGCUAGGUUCUCACCCGACGGGCAGUACUUAGUGACCGGCUCGGUCGACGGUCUCGUGGAGGUGUGGAACUUCACCACCGGCAAGAUCCGCAAGGACCUGCGCUACCAGGCGCACGAGGAGUAUAUGAGCAUGGAGGAGGCCGUGCUCAGCCUCGCCUUCGGCCGCGACAGCGACACCCUCGCCGCCGGCUCCAACGACGGCAAGAUCAAGGUGUGGAAGGUGUCCAGCGGACAGGUGCUGCGCAAGUUGGAGCGCGCGCACGCCAAGGGAGUCACCUGUCUUCAGUUCACGCGGGACAACACGCAGAUACUGUCCGCCUCCUUCGACCGCACCAUCAGGAUCCACGGCCUCAAGUCCGGCAAGGUGCUGAAGGAGUUCCGCGGCCACGCGUCGUUCGUGAACGAGGCGGUAUUCACGCCGGACGGGCACGGCGUGCUGAGCGGCUCGUCGGACGGCAGCGUGAAGGUGUGGUCGGUGCGCACGGGCGAGUGCUCGGCCACGCUGAAGCCGCUGGGCAGCGGGGAGCCGCCCGUCAACUCGCUGCUGCUCACGCCCAAGAACCCCGACCACUUCGUGGUCUGCAACCGCACCAACACCGUGGUCAUCAUGAACAUGCAGGGCCAGAUCGUGCGCUCGUUCUCCAGCGGCCGGCGCGAGCAGGAGGGCGGCGCGCUGGUCAGCGCGGCGCUGAGCGCGCGCGGCCGCCUCGUGUACUGCGCCGGCGAGGACCUCGUGCUCUACGCCUUCUGCACCGCCACCGGCAAGCUGGAGCGGACCAUCAACAUCCACGACAAGGCCGUCAUCGGGUUGACGCAUCACCCUCACCAGAACCUGCUGGCCACAUACGGCGAGGACGGUCUGCUCAAGCUGUGGAAACCGUGA